AGGGUCACUCGUUUGCCGAGCAGUUGGCUCCACCGCGCCUUUGCGAGCACCCGACAUGAACCCUCACAAGGUCCUCAUGCUUCUGCAGAUUCUCGCCUGCCUUGCCGCUUGCUUCUUCCCACUGCAGGCCUUGUCCAAGAUUCAUUACCAUGAGUUCGUGGUCGCCCCAACCCCGUACACAAGGCUGUGCGAAACUAAGGACAUCUUAACAGUUAACGGCCAGUUUCCAGGACCAACUUUGUAUCUCAAUAAAGGUGACAAGUUGCUGGUCAAUGUAAUCAACAAUGCGCCUUAUCCCCUCACCAUCCACUGGCAUGGACUGUUGAACCCGAUGAAUCCAUGGCACGAUGGGCCAGAGUAUAUCACCAUGUGUGGGAUUAAGCCAGGGGAAAACUUCACGCACGAUUUACAGUUCACCACGGAAGAAGGCACCCUCUGGUAUCAUGCUCAUAGCGACUGGACACGCGUGACCGUCCAUGGCGCCGUCGUCAUCUAUCCAGCUGUCGAAACCACCUAUCCGUUCCCGGCGCCAGACCAGGAGUAUGUUGUGGCUUUAGGCGAAUGGUGGUUACUUGAUGUGAUGUACAUGUUCCAGAAGAAAGUAAGUACAGGUGCAGACUUUAACAAAUCUGACGCUUACCUCAUAAACAGCCAACCGGGAGCACUCUACAAUUGUUCUGCAGCAGACAUAACCAGGUUUAAAUUUGAGCAAGGCAAAACCUACCUUCUUCGCCUUCUCAAUGGGGCAAUGUCCGACGCGCUCUUCUUCGCGAUAGCAAACCACACGCUCACCGUUGUGGGGAGGGACGGAUCCUAUCUGAAGCCCUUCGACACCGAAUACGCCGUAAUCAGCCCGGGACAGACCAUUGACAUAAUCGUGAACGCCAACCAGACGAAAGGCCUUUAUUAUAUGGGCGCGUCUGCUUACAUUGCUAGUGGUGAGACAGCUUACGCCGACGCCACCAUAACCACGGCACUGGUUGAAUAUGAAGGCCACAAUUCUUCAGAUGCCUCGCCCUCGAUUCCGUAUCUUCCCUUGUACAAUGACAUUGCAGCCACUUACAAAUUUGCUUCUCAGGAGAGAAGUUUGGCUUCUGAGGAUCACCCGGUGGACGUUCCGCAGGAAGUUGACGUCAAGCUUAUGUUCACUGUCUCCAUGAAUCUCGAGAACUGUCCCAACGCAAGCUGCGCGGGCAUUAACGGCACGAGAUUCGUUUCGAGUAUGAAUAAUAUCUCGUUUGCGAAUCCGAAGAUUGACAUUUUGGAAGCCUAUUAUUGGAGCAUGAAGGGCAUUUACAGAACUGAUUUUCCUAGCUUCCCUCCUUAUCUGUUCAAUUUUACAUCCGAUGAGUACCCGGAUGAGCUCAUGUAUCCUGAAUCCGGGACAAGAGCAAAGGUGUUGGACUAUAAUUCAACCGUUGAGCUUGUUUUUCAAGCCACCAACCUGCUAAAAGCAGAUAAUCAUCCCAUGCAUCUACAUGGGUAUGAUUUCUAUGUGGUGGGGCGGGGUUUUGGAAACUUUGAUCCCGAUAAGGACCCUUUGAACUACAAUUUAGUUGAUCCUCCGCUGGAGAACACCGUUGCAGUUCCUUACUUGGGAUGGGCAGCUGUAAGGUUUAAAGCAAAUAACCCAGGUGUUUGGCUUCUGCAUUGCCACUUCGAGCGACAUUUUACUUGGGGAAUGAACACUGUGUUUAUAGUGAAGGAUGGGCCAACAAGUGAGACGAGCAUGUUACCGCCACCAACAUACAUGCCCAAAUGCACAGACUCGGAUCUUCUGUUCAAUACUGAGACUGUAGACCUAUCUCACCCAUCCGAUCAUUGAGGAAGUCGCAUUGUAUGAAUAAGCUUGUUUUUUUAAACUGUUAAGUUUCAGUUUCGCUAUCUCUUAUAAACAGCAAACGUAAUUAGUUUUCUUUUUUUUA